GCAUGAUUUAAAUAUGAAGAAUAAUUGUGCCAAAGAAAAUUACUAAAAACCUUCAGAUUAUUUGGAUGGAACAUAAGAAGAAUUGAAAGGGAAAAUAAAACUAUUGAUGAAUAAGUUACAAUUAACUAAGAAAGAAAAAGAGAAUCUAACUAAAGAAAAUUAGAAUUUAUAGCAUGAAAUACUAUAAAUGCAAUCUCAUCUCAGAUGCAUGGUAUCUGGCUUUUCAAACACUAGUAUCUAAUUUCCAAUGGCAAAUGAAUUAAGUAAUUCUAUUGCAGAAUUUUAUAAAUGUGAAUGUUUUGAUAUAUUUUUCGAUGUGUUGACUUAAGAAUUAAAUCUCAAAGGUAUUAUUUAUUUUUUUUCUGCUUCUAUGAUUCGAAUAGACAAAAUCAUUCAAGAAUACUUUUCACCAUUGUUCAAAAAUAUUAUGGAGGUAAUAUUAUAAAAAUUAAUUUAGGUGGGAUGUCUCACAAAUAUUGAUGGACCAAUAUUAAAUGUAAUGAGGAAAUCAUUUUAAGGAAAUUAUAAAUCAAUUUAUGAAAAAUGUAUGCGAAAUUAAUCAUCUAUCAGAAUAGAAUUAUAAAAAUACCUAAAAUUAAAUAACAAUGAUUUGAUUGAAGCUUUUUUCAAUAAAUUAUCAGAAAUUAUGUUUAAUUGUUACAUCACUGAUCCUAUAUUAACAUUUGAUAUAUAAUCUAUUGGGUAGAAAAUAACAUUUAAUUAAUCAAAACAUGACCCUAUUGAUGGAUUUAUUAAGAAUAAAGAAGAAUGCAUAAUCUUAAUGCCAGCAGUGUAUAAAAAUUAAGAAUUAAUGGCUAAAUCUUUGGUGAUAUCCUAUUCGUAUUAAUUAGAAAGCAAUUGA